AACACCUUCGGCGGGCUCUUACACUUGUAUUACUUACGAGGCGGUUAAUCGCGCCUACUAUGAUGCUCGUCAGCGAAUUAAUGUCGCCCAACCGAGUAACGAAAAAUGGCGACCGGAAGAUUUGGCAACUGUCGGGGAACUACUUCUUGAUAUUUCUUCAUCUUUGGCGCAAACAUACGGGCUUACGAAGGACCAAAUUGAGAACGAAUUACCGCUGAUAGACACCUCAAAGACUCUCAUCCAAGAAGUGUGUCCAGCAUUUCUGUCGAACGUGGAGUGUCGAGCGGGUAAAUAUCGUCGUUUUGACGGCCUCUGUACUAACAUCGAUCAUCCGAAUUGGGGCGCAGCCCUUACCCCCUUCAACAGAUUAAUGCCUCCGGCGUUCUCUGACGGCAUCAAUUCACCGCGGAUAUCUUCGACUGGAGGAGAUUUGCCUCUGUCUCGCGUAGUUUCGAGGACAAUGCAUCCUGAUCAAGGAUAUCACGACCACGCAGGCACUGUCAUGGUGAUUGCAUGGGGACAGUUCAUGGACCACGAUUACACCCUCACAGCGACUCCGUUGGAUCCUCUGAAUCGAAACGAUCCUGAAGAAUGUUGCGACCGUCCUCCUCACUUGAAGAAUCCGUACUGCUUCGAGAUCGAAGUCCCAGAAGACGAUUACUUCUAUAGGUUGUUCAACAUCCGCUGUCAUAACUUUGUUCGUGCGUUUCCUGCAGUGAGACCAGGCUGUCGUUUGGGAUCCAGAAUUCCUUUCAAUCUUCUGACAGGCGUUUUGGAUGGAAACACUGUAUAUGGAAUCAACGAACACUUUUCUCGUAAAUUACGGUCAGGCUACGCCGGGCUGCUGAGAAUGAACCCAGUAUUCGCCGAAUACGGAUUGAAAGAUCUUUUGCCGCUGAAACUGGAUAUUCCCGACGAAGGUUGUACAAGACCAAACGCUUCGAUGUAUUGUUUCGACGCAGGUGAAAUUCGUGUUAACGAGCAGUUGGUAUUGACAUGCAUGCACACACUGAUGGCGAGAGAGCAUAAUAGAGUUGCCAAAGCCCUCGGACUGGUUAAUCCGCACUGGGACGAUGAAACGCUCUUCCAAGAAGCCAGGCGUAUAGUUAUUGCCGAAAUUCAGCAUGUUACAUACAACGAAUUUUUGCCCAUGAUCCUCGGACUGGAUACCAUGGAGAAAUUCGGGCUUAUUUUGGAGAAAUACAAUUACUGGGAUGGUUAUGACUCCAGUGUCAAUCCUAGUGUUAUUGACGCUUUCGCGGCUGCUGCUUUUAGAUUUGGACACUCUUUACUGCCGACUGCUGUUGAAAGAUGGAGCAAGGCUCAUAAAUUUAUUGCGUCAAAACGAUUGUCGGAUUUGAUAAGAAGACCAUGGGAUUUGUACCGAGCUGGUGUUAUUGACGAGUAUUUUAUGGGAUUGAUGAAUCAAGUUGCUCAAGCUAUGGAUGAUUCAAUAACUUCUGAAGUAACGAACCAUUUAUUCAAAAAAGUUGGAGCUAAAUUUGGAAUGGAUUUAGUGUCAUUCAACAUGCAGCGUGGGCGAGAACUCGGUAUACCCAGUUACAUGGAAUUUAGGAAAUUAUGCGGACUACCUGUGGCGCAUACAUUCGAUGAAUUGCUUGGUAUAAUGCCAAAUGAUACUGUAUUGCGUUAUAGCUCUAUUUUCCAAACUCCAGCGGACAUUGAUCUUUGGUCAGGAGGUGUCUCGGAGCGACCGCUACCUGGGGCCAUGUUGGGACCCACGUUGUCGUGUAUUAUUGCCACACAAUUCGGCAAUUCAAGGCGGGGUGAUAGAUUUUGGUACGAGUUGCCUAACCAGCCGUCGUCAUUUACACUCCAUCAAUUAAACGAGUUACGUAAGGCAAGACUCGCUAGACUUAUUUGCGAUAAUACCGAUCUAGUCGAUUCAAUACAACUGUAUCCAAUGGUUCUUGCUGAUCACGAAGUAAACCCUCGAGUUCCCUGCAAGAGUGGUGUCCUAUCAGGAAUCGAUUUCAGCAAGUGGGCCGAGUUCCCAACGAGUCACGCGACUCAAUACGUGAGUAGCUUUGCAGAAUUCAAUCAGUGGGCAAAGUAAACCUAGAACACGUAAAAAUAAAUUAGAAAAAUGAUUAAAAGUAUGCACCAGCAGAGCAGUAAAGUAAGCUUCGGAAAGUAUCCAUAAAUAAAAAAAAAAAAACAUUCUUAUGUGUCAUAAGUACAUUUAAAUUUAAUUUAAUAAUAUAAUGAUACUAUGAUGUUAAAGAUUAAUUACCGAUUACGUAUUUUCCACAAGAUUUAUUACAAUAACAAAAAGUAAUUCUCAGUAGCAAUUAAGCUAUUAUUUUGUGACGUUGAGAUAUUUUUUAAGUAUAUUAUUACUCACUAACUACACAGAAAAAAAAUAUAUCUUCGCUUAACAAAUAUAUUGUUGGUUCAAGAAAACUUUUAGGAAACUGGCGAAUAUCUUGGUUCAAGUAAAUUAUUUUCAUUAAAAAGUUACAAAUAAUUCAAUAAAGUUAAAUUAUUUUUCAGGAAAUAUUAAUUUAUUUUUCUAUUUAAACAUAAAAUAUUUCGGACUAACAAAAUAAAAUCUCUCGAAACAAGAGGUAUAUUUAACUUACUCCAAAAUAAUAUAAUUAAACUCUCAAAGAUGAUGUUCUUGGCUUUAAAGAAUCCGACAGCAACGCUGCCUUUAAAUCCUAAACAAAAUCACAUAUUACUAAUAUUUCAACAGAUUAAAGUCGAUUACUCGAUCGUUUUGUUGGCGAAGUGGUAUCACUCUUUUUCCAUAGCAAAUACCGAUCAGGGUUCGAGUCCGGUCUCGGGUUAAAUGUAUAUUAUUUUUAGUUCAGAAAAAAAUGAACAUUCUCAACCCAACAAAAUUUAUAUUAUUGAGAUCACUAGUUACUUCUUCGGCUCAGAUAAUUAUUUGUUAAAUUUUCAAGUUUUGUAGUUUUUAAUGAAAAGCAAGUUAACCUUUUUUUCUGUGUGAAGGUAAAUUAUCAAAAGUUAAUCAAACUUUCAAUUUGUAUUGACCCAUUGUAAAUAUACUACUAA